CCACUGGGCAGUGGCUAAAGGUUUUAAGCCUUUUAAGGAGCCGAUGCCUCCAGCGAAAACUUCAGAAAUCCCUCGCUCAACACACGCACACACAGUGAGUUAUUGCAUGUGAUGGAGAGCAUUAAGAGGGUUCGACUGGUAUUCAAAGAUGACGAUGUUUUGAGCGAAAUCCAGAAAUCGGAGGGACUGAAUCGAAGCUGGGUUUUACUGAAUAUCAAUCAGCAGAAUACCAUUUCUGACGUCGUUUCUCAUCUCCUUCACGCUUUUCAAAUUCAACAUUCGUGCCCCCAUGGGCUCCUCCUCUCUAUUGAUGGCUUUGUGUUGCCACCGUUUGAGUCUACCUGCAUCCUAAAGGAUAAAGAUAUAAUUAGAGUGAAGAAGAGAGGACACACUUUGGCUAUAGAGGGAAACAAUAUUGCUACUGUGGUUGAGAAAUCGAAAGCUCUGGAGAAGCAACCUGUAAAUAGUGGCGUCUUGCUUUUAGCCAAUGAGGAUUUCGAAAAAGAAAAAGGAGGUUACGAGAUUGAUGAACCUGAAGAGGAGGAUGAAGUGCCCGUGAAAGAUUUGGAAGUUAUAUCAGAUGGAAAUGAUGUUUCCAAGAAAAGAAUAAGGAAAGCAGCAGAGGAAUGUCAGGACACAAAGAAGAAGAAGAAACAAUUCUCUGAGGCUCAUGAUAACGUUGCUUAUGAAGUUCAUACAGAGAAGAUUAUAUCUCACCAGAAUGGAGUCAGAACGGAAAAGAAGAGCCUUUCCAAAAAGGAAAAUACAUCUAAUUUUAUGGAUACAGAAAAUGUUGAAAAUAAUGAAGAAAUGGCGAGAAUUGAGAAGCCUAAGGAGAAUGGACAAGAGACUGAGGGAAGAUCACUUGCACUGGAGGAGCCUAAAAAGAAGUUCAGGUUUCCGAUGGCGGGGCUUACAGUGGUAUCAUAUGGUGUUUGGCAUUAUCAAAUGAUUAGUAGAAAUACUAAACGAAGGUAUGCUAGUAGGAAAUUGAAAAAGGAAAUGCUGAAAUUUCAGAAGAAAAAUGAAGCUUGUGUAUUGGAGGGGCCUUGAAACAGGAAAAAAGGCAGGGGUAAAGCUAAAUUAUAUGAGGUGGAUUGUCUAUCAAAGGGACAGUGAAGUUGGAGAAAGGACCAAGCUAAUACUGAAAGAAACGAGGUGGAUGGGCAAACAAAGGGUCUGCUGCGCUGGAAGCAAUUGUCUGGUAGUAACACAUCUAAAACAUCUGAAAAAUGUCAGCAACAAAGUCAAACAACUGAUUUACAUAAAGAUCCACAUCAAAAUGGGGAAGUGCAUGAAGAGCCAAUUCAAAAUGGCGAAGUGCAUGAACAAGCAAAUCAAAAUGGCAAUACGUCUGAAUGGUCAAAUAAACUUGGUGAGGAGGCUGAAGUUGUUCCCAUUGUUGGUAAGGCCAGGACACAUUCGCUUUGAACCUCUGGAGAAAGGUCCAAACUCUCUCUCCUUCCGCCUCUUGUGGUGUUCUGUGUAUCUGCUAUGGUCGAGAAUCUUGUUUAAAGUGAUCUUGGUUCGCCAAUUUAGCUGAUUUAUAGAGGUAUAGUCUACCCAAAUUUAGCCAGUUGAUCUGAAUUUGAACAGAUCUAGCUUGAGUUUCAUGAUUGGUCUUAUUCAGUCCCCAAUGUUGACUGCAGACAUUAAUUUAGAUUCUGGGCCCUUUUCCUUUGUCUGGGACUGCUUUAUUUGAACAGAAAAAAUUUACUUGAAAUUCCCAUUAAGGAAGAAGGCCAUAUAGGUUCACUAUCACAAAGAUUGGUUGAUUACUUGUAAAUAAUCAUCGUUAUUGAAACGAUUUACAACAUACAUUUCUUCACUGUCUUGUUUUUCCUUCCUUUGGCAAUUGGGAAAUGAUGUACCUGUUGGUCUCUAAUAAUUGCAUGACUAUUGUGUGCCAUAUUAAAUCAGGGUUCUGAAAUUUGAGAUAUUUUUGGGUUGAUGCAGAGCAUGCUGUGGAACAAAAUCAAGUACCAGUGGUAUGCUUCUAUGUAUGCAUUAUGAUGUUGGAUGUAUUCUAUGGCUGCAUUCUUUUACAUCUCUUUUCUUUUGAGGUUUAUAGGUUGCAACAUUGAAUUUUAUCGAGCAUUAUCAUUUCUUAAGUAAUAUGACGACAUCUAAGAGGGGGAGGUCAGGAAAGUUCAUAUUUUGAAGAAUGUUUUAAUUAAGAGGACAUGUCAGAUUAUGACGAAUAAUCUUGCAUUCCUAUUUUUGGGGGGGUAGUGGUGACAAAGUUGUCAUAUACACAGAAACGAACUAUUUUAAAACAUGGCCUGUUACAGAAGGGAUGCGAUCAAGGUUUUGAGAUAAUGGGUACAUAUCAAAAUGAUCCUAUAAUUAUCUCACACUCCUUUUAUUGAAUAAGUGAGCUCUGGGGUUUAUUUAGUAAGCAUAAGGUAUCUGUCAUUCUUGACAAAGAUGAAGAAAAAGAGAUAAAACCAAUCCUAUUUGGAAUAGGAUUGUCCUACAUCACAUAAUUAUCUAGGGUGAUUACUAUAAUACCCAAAUUUUUGUAAAGUAAAAAUGAAAGUUCAUGCUGUAAUUUAUUGUGAUGAAGCCCUUCCCUUUUUCUACCCUUCACUUCUUUUUAUUUCACUUGUCUUGGUAAAUAUCCAACAAGCCAUCAAGUUCUUUGCCUACGUUGCUGUCGGCAGUAACAUUUGCAACCUGUAUAUAUACUGUCAAUGGCUUAUAUAAAAGCACUAUGCAUAUUGAUUUGUAUGGUCUCUUUUCCUAUCUCUAGUAUAUUUCUGAAGGAAAACAACUCUAUACUAACAAGCAUGUUUGGCUAAGCUUAAAAAGUUCACUUCAAG